GCAUAUAAAUAUAUUCUAUUUAAAUAUUUACAGUUUGCGGUGUAGGAAACAGUCCCUGAGAUUAGAUUUUUGCCGUGAUAUUUUCCUUUUGUUACCUGCAACUCCUUGUCCAGGAUGUGUGUGUGAUUGCAGGAAUAAUGUCCGUAAAUGGUUUAAUUAUCCAUGUGGAGGAAGCUGCAGGGAGGACGGCACAGGGCAGGGCUUCUGAGCAGACAAAUGAUAUCCUGACCAUCAGUUUGUGACCUGAAGCUCAAGCCUCAAACACACUUGGCUUUUACAGCAAGACGGUGAUCUGAAGCACACCAGCAGUCUGAAUCCCUGCUCCCUCUUGGUCAACGUCCUGUUGUGUGGAUGUCCGUCAGCCGGUUUGCUUUGGGAUUUUCUGAUUUCAGCAGUGUUUUGAAUACUGGAGGCGAGGUAAAGGAUGUCUAAUGACUCUGAAGCCAUUGAGCUUGGGCGGAAUGGAGCCUCCAAACACCAGUCUGCAGGUGCAAGCAAACAUGGUUCCACCGUUAGUUUCCACAAUAUUCACUACAAAGUGAAGCAGGGAGGAGGCCUUUUUUGCCGGAAGAAGGCCACAACCAAAGACAUCCUCAUUGACCUGAAUGGGCUCAUGAAGCCGGGUGUGAACGCCAUCAUGGGAGCCACAGGAAGCGGGAAGUCAUCGUUCCUUGAUGUUCUGGCAGCCAGAAAAGAUCCCGCAGGUCUGUCAGGUGAAGUCCUGAUUGACGGAGCUCCUCAGCCUCCCAAUUUCAAGUGUCUCUCUGGAUAUGUGGUGCAGGAUGAUGUGGUGAUGGGAACUCUGACGGUCAGAGAGAACUUCAGCUUCUCAGCGGCGCUGCGCCUCCCGUCCACCAUCACUCAGAAGGAGAAAGUGCAGAAGGUCAACAAACUGAUCCAAGAGUUGGGACUGGGACGAGUGGCUGACUCCAGGGUGGGAACUCAGCUGAUUCGAGGGAUCUCCGGCGGUGAGAGGAAGAGGACAAAUAUCGGCAUGGAGCUGAUCAUUGACCCGUCCGUCCUCUUCCUGGACGAACCCACCACAGGGCUGGACGCCAGCACGGCUAACUCUGUGCUGCUGCUGCUAAAGAGGAUGGCAAACAACGGCCGUACCAUCAUCCUGUCCAUCCAUCAGCCCCGAUACAGCAUCUACCGCCUGUUCGACAGCCUCACCCUGCUCGUCAAUGGCAAACAGGUUUACCACGGCCCGGCACACAGAGCACUGGAAUAUUUCUCUGACAUUGGAUACACCUGUGAGGCCCACAACAACCCUGCUGACUUCUUCCUGGACGUCAUCAACGGAGACUCGACUGCUGUCACCCUCAACAGCGUGGAAGGAGAAGAUGCAGAUUCCCAAAAAGAUGCAGAAUCAACGUCCAUGUCCAGAAAGGGAAUUGAGGACAGACUGGUGGAGGAGUACAGAAACUGCCAAUAUUACCAAAAAACAAAAGACGACCUGGAAAGGAUAGCUCAGGGAAAGCCAAAGACCAAAGGUUCUCGCUUCAGAACCAUCACCUACAACACCAGUUUCCUGACACAGUUCAAAUGGGUUCUCAAGAGAACGUUCCGCAACCUCAUGCUGAACCCUCAGACCUCCGUCGCCCAGAUAGCUGUAACGCUGUUACUCGCUCUGGUUGUCGGAGCUCUGUUCUUUGAUGUCCAGCUGGAUGACAGUGGGAUCCAGAACAGGACCGGCGCUCUCUUCUUCAUCGUGGUGAAUCAGUGUUUCAGCUCGCUGUCGGCCGCUGAGCUCUUCAUCGCCGAGAGGAAACUCUUCGUCCAUGAGUAUAUCAGCGGUUACUACAGACUCUCUGUCUACUUCCUGUCUAAGAUCCUGUCUGACAUCAUCACUCUGAGGACCAUCCCUGCCAUCGUCUUCACCUGCGUCGCCUACUACAUGAUUGGUCUGAAGCCCACACCUGGGGCCUUCUUCACCUUCAUGUUCACAGUGGCUAUGGUCGCCUACACAGCCACCUCCAUGGCCAUGGCCAUCUCAGCCGACCAGACGGUGGUGGCCAUCGCCAACAUCUAUAUGACCAUCACCUGUGUCUUCAUGAUGAUCUUUGCAGGUCUGCUCGUGAAUCUUCCCUCCAUCGUCAGCUGGCUCGCCUGGUUGAAGUACUUCAGUAUACCCAGAUAUGGAUUAAGUGCUCUGCAGGCAAAUGAGUUCACCGGGCUCAACUUCUGUCAAGGAAACAGUUCCAGGUCUACCCUAGAGGCAGGUUGCACAGGGGAGUAUUUCCUGGAAAUUCAGGGUGUUGAUUACUCCACCUGGGGUCUCUGGCAGAACCACCUGGCUCUGGGCAUCAUGACCAUCUGCUUCCUCAUCAUCACAUACCUCAAACUGCGUUUCAUCAAGAAGUUCACCUGAAGCCUUCUGGAAACUCAAAAUGUGUUUUACUGUUUUUUUUCAUUUAUAACUUGUUAUUUUGCGUCAGUAUUGUAUUUAAAGGUGAUUAAUCUGUUAAAACCAGCUCUGUUCCUUUGAGAUUUCCUGUUAAUGUUUAGUUUUGACAACAAAUCCUUUACUCACUCCUUAUUAUCACUGCAUCACGCUGUAUUGGUAUAAACUGUAUGCUGAUUUUUGCACUUUAAUGUUAAAAAAACAUUUUGCAUUUUAUAUUUGUAAUUUUUUUCUACAGCAGUAAAGUAACUCAUUAAAGCAAAAAUUGCAUAAGGGUGUAGUAUAAAGAAAUAUGUUCGAAUUAAAAGUUAAUUUGUCAAAAAAAAAAAAAAAA